AAGGCAGAGAAAGAGAAAGAAAGAGCUGUGGACAGGAGAGAAGGAGACAGGAGAGGACCUCAGAAGUGUAGUGAAGCUGUAGACAAGAAGAGGGGACCUCUGGAGUCAACACCCGACGUCAAGGAGCCGAAGACAAACAGGACGAAGGCAAUCUUCACUGUCUUGCGCAGUCUUUGCAUCACACACACUCUAUCUAUACACACUCGCAUUUCAUUCACUCGUGUCACACACGUGCAAACCACAGGCACGCGCACGCACACACCUCCACAACUUGGCACGCACAUCCAGCAUCAACAUGUUUGAGGAGCAGGCGACCAAGGUCAAGAUCACAUCUGUGGUCAUCUUGGUGGGCAUGUCGUCCAUGCUGGCGGCUGUGGUGACCGACCACUGGGCCGUGCUCAGCCCCCGGGUGGAGAAGCUCAAUGCUACCUGUGAGGCAGCCCACUUUGGCCUCUGGAGGCUCUGCAAGAAGAGCAUCUUCAUUGUGGAGGAGGACCCUCAGGGCAAAGGCUGCGGCCCCAUCAGCUUACCUGGAGCAAAAAACUGUUCCUACUUCAAACACUUUACCUCGGGGGAAGAAGCUGAAGUUUUUGAAGUCAAGACACAAAAAGAGUACAAUAUCUCAGCUGCAGCCAUUGCCAUCUUCAGUCUGUUCUUCAUGAUCCUGGGCACCCUCUGUGUCAUCUUCUCUUUUGGGAAGGGGCGGGACUACUUGCUCCGGCCUGCUGGGAUGUUCUUUGCCUUUGCAGGCCUUUGCAUCAUCAUUUCUGUUGAGGUAAUGCGCCAGUCCGUCAGGCGCAUGAUUGACAGUGAUGAAACCAUCUGGAUUGAAUACUACUACUCUUGGUCCUUUACGUGCGCCUGCGCCUCCUUCACCCUGCUCAUCCUCAGUGGGGUCGCCCUGCUUCUCAUCUCCAUGCCCCAUAUGCCACGUAACCCCUGGGAGACCUGCAUGGACGCUGAGCCUGACAGCUUAGAUUAG